AUGGGCAGGGAUCCCGACACUCCGGAUGGGACUGAUACAGACGACGACGACCAAGAGAACGAGGGGUCGGUAGAAGAACAUCUCGAAAACACCCUCUUCCGCCUUGAGGAGGACUUCGUCCGACAACCGUCGUCUGACAAGUCCCAGUCGCACCCUGCCAUCGGCGCCUCAGAGUCUGGGCCAGCCGACCAGGAGACCUCCCCUGGAGACGAGGCCAUUCAAAGGGUGUCCCACGAGCCAAGUAGCCUUGGAGCUGACACUGGCCCGGGUUACGAGCAUGUGGUCAACCUGGCCUGUAGUCUCAUGACGCUGUGUCACCGUGCCUACGUGACUCAGCAGCAAGUGGCGGAGAUUGUCGCUCUCUGGGAACGAUUGCCGGAGGGCGACAAGGCCCCGGUUCGCUUCCCGCCACGCCACCAGGAAAGACUGGUGAAGGGGAGGUUCCGACGCAAGCACUCGCAGACCAGUGUCACACCGGGAGUGGAGAGCUUGCGACGGUGUAUGGUCGGCCAAGGCGGCCAUGCCGCACAGAUGCCAAACAUCAGCCGCCUUGUGGAGGCCGUUUGUAUAGAGCUGUCCAGGAUUCACCCUGAAGGAACCACCAUCUGCGGCGUGAGGGUGAACCGCUGGGCAGCUGUGAUGCGGGAUUAUAUCUGCAUCCAAGAGAACAUCCUUACAAACCUGGUACUCAUGGCCCAGACACGUAUCCAGUUAUUCCCCCUCAAUCAGCGCACCCUGGCACAAUGGUAAGUACACACUGGACAAGUGGGAUCCACCAUGCCCCUCUCCUCCCUCCCACCCUGACUUACUUUGCUUUCUGUCCCUGUAGACACCUCACUCGCACCAGGGAGCUGGUACGGCGGGCUCUGGAGAUGGCUGUGCCAUUGCCAUCCAGCUCGGCCCUUGCUUCGGAGCCCAUCCCUGCCGUACGGCCA